AUGUCUAAUAAUGAAUGUGCAUUUGGGGUGAUGUAUGGGAAAUACAAGCUUCACCUUAUCAUGGUUCUAGCUCAGGUGGCAUCCUCGUUUCUCUAUUUCCUACUUGAGGCUUCAAUAAACAAAGGGUUGAACCCUCAUGUCUUCGUUACUUAUCGACAUGCUGUUGGGGGCAUAGUUGUGCUUCCUUUUGCUUAUGUUCGUGAAAGAAAAGCAUGGCCAAAGUUGACGAUGACAUUGUUCAUGGAGCUAUUUUUUCUUUCCCUCUUCGGGAUCAGUCUUACCCUGAACAUGUUUUUUGCAAGCUUGAAGUAUACCACUCCUUCCUUUGUUGUAUCCAUGACUAACACAAUCUCAUCCCUUACUUUCAUAUUUGCAGUUGGACUCAGGCUAGAGGUUGUUAAUGUGAAGAAGCCUUGUGGGCUGGCUAAAGUUUUUGGAACUGUAUUAUCAUUGAUUGGUGCCUUAUUAAUGACUUUGUAUAAAGGGCAUACGAUAGAAAGCUUACAGGGUACCCCGUUCCAUAUCAGAGACAAAUUGGUUCAUAUAAACUGGAUUAAAGGAUCAAUUUUGUGUGUUGCAAGUUGUAUAUCAUGGUCCUUAUGGUACAUACUACAGGCAAUCAUAGUGAAGAAAUAUCCUGCACAACUAACACUAACAGCAUGGAUAAAUUGCAUGGGUGCAGUGCAGUCUGCUGCCUUCACUGUACUCGUGCAACACAAGCCAACAGCAUGGUUCAUUACAUCCACUGUUGAACUCUGUUGCAUUUUGUAUGCAGGAGUUAUAUGUGGUGCUAUUCUUAUAUUCUGUCAAUUCUGGACCACGGAACAAAAAGGACCGGUUUUUGUGAGUAUGUUUAAUCCCCUUGGAACAGUUUUGGUGACAACCCUAGCAUAUUUUGUUUUUGGUGAAAAACUCCACAUCGGCAGUUUAUUGGGAGUGGUCAUUGUUAUCAUUGGUCUAUACUUGCUACUAUGGGGAAAAGAAAGUGAUGAAGAUUACAAGUCACAACAAUCUUUUCCAACACACGUUGAGCAAAAAGAAUGUAGGACUCAGAUAAAGACUUCAACUGAGCAAGAGGCACCGCGGAGGAACGUAACACUGGACACCAAUUAACGGAUAUACAUGGCUAAGCUAUCUAGGAUGUUGCAAAAUUAAUUGCCGAAAACAAAUUACUCUAACAAUAAGGUGCUUAUCGCUCUACGAUAAUUAGAAGUGGUUGGCCCCUCAACAUGAAAAGCUAAUUAGAUGGCACGACCAGUUAGUGACUAUAAAAUGUGACUUAAGGAAUCGUGUGCACAUGAAGAAAGAAUCUGGCCUGAACAAAGUGGCCAAUUAAACUAUUAUAAUUCAAUUGGUUGUAAACUGUCCAACUUGUAUUGCAUUGAUAGGUCUAAUUUUAAUAUUUCCUUUCAACUUUAUUGGCUCAUGCAGUGUAGAAGUUGCCACAAGCACACUAUGUGAAAGACGAGAUUAUUUCCCUUCGCGAAUCUCCUCAAAAAACC